CAUAUCGAUAAAAUGCGUUAGCUCAUACUCUGCAAGCAGCUCGACUAAGAUGUCCGAAGUAGGGGAGCCAGGAUCCUCCUAUACCGUCUUGAGGAUCAAGAGGAAGGCCACAGAGCCGCCGUUAUCUUCUCUUGUCAUCCAGAGUGCUAUCAUCGAUCCUCGCCGUAAGAGACGGAAGGAUGAGCUGGUGAAGUCCAGAGGAAUCUUUCGUUUGGCAGAUACCGUCCCGGAUACCUGGCAAGGUCAAGGCAGCGAGGGUGAUGUUCUGAGGAGACGGAUCAAAGGCUUGUUGGAGUCUCGUCAAACGAAUACCUCUCCUCAAUCCCCACAUCCACCUCAGCCAUUGACUCCGCAGACACGUCCUGUUGGCGAGCCGUCGAAACCUCGACAGGUCCCAAAUGUUCCUCGGACGCAGUACAGAAUAGUGCCUCGGGCUGCACAGCAAGAAGCCGGUAUGCCUCCUCGUGUCCUUUCGAAUGCAGAGUUGAAUGCAGCCGCGCUCAAACUCGUUGAUGCGGAAGCUGUAGCAUCCUCGUCUCAAAGCAACAAAGCGGCAAGCGAGCCGAAUACAUCGAAUCCUGACGAAGAGGAGGAGAUGGCUGCGUUCUUACCAAUGUUACAGGAAUACCUGAAACUGGAGGGCAAAUCUGCUCUCGACAAUCCUCCAUCCGAACCAGAGGCGGAACAAUACGUAUAUGAUCUCUAUUAUCGAGAUAUCCGCUCCAGUCAAUCUUCGACUCCGCUAAACCUUGGUCAAGGGGACGGAGUGCAUAUCGGAGCUCUGCUAGGAUAUCAAGACGACGAUGGUGACUCUGAUGUUUCUGAUUCGGAACCAGAGGAUGAAGCGGAUGAGGAUUCAAACGACGAGGAUUACUAUCGCAAUGAUUAUCCUGAAGAUGAAGAUGGGGAUGAGGACAUGCACGGGUACAAGGAUGCUUUCGGCGAGGAUGAAGAUGAGGAGAGUGCGAGUGAUCCCGAAAGCGAGGGUGGACGAGGUCAUGGCGGACUGUGGUCAUAUCGAUGAUGAUCGUUCUCAGCGACCUACGACCGGUGAACUAUAAUCAUAUGUAGCAAUUAG